GGUUGUAGCCAGCCAGCUGAUGCAAUGUGCACAUUGUAGUACUUGCAUUUGAUGUAAUUAUUCGUGCAAUAUUCUUUCAUCUACUAUUCCGGUAUUUAUUGCAAUUAGUAAUCUCCACACUUAAAUCAUGGCAGAUGCCGGUAAAAGUAUCGCCGACCAGAUAAAAGAACAAGGAGAGAUCGUUCGAAAACUCAAGGCGGAAAAAGCCGGCAUUGACAAGAUCACAGAGGAAGUCUCUAAACUACUGGCACUGAAGGCUCAACAAGGAAGUGACAAGGAUGAAAAAUCCAGUGGCAAAUUCGUCCUCAAAACAGCCAAAGGAACUCGUGAUUUCAACCCAAGGCAGAUGGUGAUCAGGCAGCAAGCUUUUGACAAAAUUAUUGCAUGCUUUAAACGCCAUGGUGCUGAGACUUUGGACACACCGGUUUUUGAACUGAAAGAAGUCCUUACUGGAAAAUAUGGAGAAGAUUCCAAACUUAUCUACGACCUGGCGGAUCAAGGAGGAGAAAUUCUUUCACUUCGUUAUGACUUGACCGUUCCGUUUGCUCGCUUUUUGGCGAUGAACAAGGUUGGAUCCAUCAAACGAUACCAACUCGGCAAGGUGUACAGAAGAGACAAUCCUGCCAUGACCAAAGGAAGAUUUAGGGAAUUUUUCCAAUGUGAUUUUGAUAUCGCUGGCCCAACUGAUCCUAUGAUUCCCGAUGUCGAGUGCGUCAGAGUGGUUACUGAAAUUCUCGAUUCGCUGGAUUUGAGCGAACACAUCGUCAAAAUUAAUCAUCGUAAAAUUUUAGAUGGCCUUUUCGAAGCUUGUGGUGUUCCUGAUACUCAAUUUCGAGCUAUAUGUUCCUCAGUUGAUAAACUAGAUAAGUCGCCUUGGGAAGAGGUGCGUAAGGAGAUGACCGAUGAGAAAGGUCUAGCACCAGAAAAAGCUGAUCAAAUUGGCCAAUAUGUUCUUCGUUCUGGCCAAGAUGACUUGGUAGAGCAACUGUUAGCCGAUCCCAAAUUGAGUUUAUCCAAGUCGGCGAUUGAGGGCCUUGAGGCUUUGAAAUUGUUCUUCCGAUACGCAGAACUCUACGGAGUUAAGAAGCGUGUCAAGUUUGACAUGAGUUUAGCCCGAGGAUUAGACUACUACACCGGAAUAAUCUACGAGGCUGUGUUAACAAACCAAAACCCUGAAGAAGGCGUCGGUUCGAUUGCAGGUGGCGGUCGUUACGAUAAUUUGGUGGCGUUAUUCGAUCCUAAAGCAAAGGCCGUCCCGUGUGUCGGUGUUUCGAUCGGCAUUGAGCGGAUUUUGGCGAUUUUGGAGAACCGAGAGGCCAAUCUUAAAUUGCGAACCGUCGAAACCCAAGUUUACGUUGCAGCUGCGCAAAAGAAUCUCUUGGAGGAAAGGAUGAAAAUUUGUGCUGAGCUCUGGGACAAAGAAAUAAAGACGGAAAUGUCCUAUAAAGCUAAUCCAAAGUUGCUGGGGCAAUUGCAGACUUGCGAGGAGCAGGGUAUUCCCUGGGCAAUUAUUAUUGGUCAAUCGGAAUUGGAAAAAGGAGUGGUCAAACUGCGUCACGUCCCGUCUCGUCAGGAAGAGGAAAUUGAACGCUCGAAAUUGGCGGACGUGUUGAAGCAAAAAUUGAACGCUUCGAUUGUUUGAAGAUCACCUUUUUUUGUCAGUGCAAAAGAUUCUAUCUUGAAAUAAAGAUGUAUGGAUCAACUGAAA